UGCUGCAAUCUCAUUGGUGGAAUAGGGCAGGUCGUGGCCACAUUUUCAGUGGAAGGCAGAUUUCCUGUGAUGCAGGGCAUACGUUUAUAUUUCCAUCCAUCUUGAGAAUCUAUCAUGGUUACCGAGUGACAGUAGCAGUCCAGCAAAACUACCUAUAGGCUAAUUUUAUUCCCAGCCACCGAGCACAUUUGAGAGGCCUGUAGUCCAAGCACGUAUGCUUCUGUGCCAGGAAUCAUGCAUGGCUCUGAAAUUGCGUCUUGUUUCUGCACAGUGAAAACGCUACGAACACAGAACCUGAGAUAAUUUUUUGCAAAAGCCUUUUCCUGCAGCCUUAGACGCUUUAGGAAUGGGGAGGCGCUUGUCUCCUGGAAGGUUUACACCCGCGCAUGUCCGGGCAGCAACCCAUUGCUCCAAGUUCGGCCCAACGACGACACCCAGCGGCGCGGAGAGGAACGUACUCAGGUACAACCCUAGACCCGAGAGGUCCUGCUGCGCAGGCGCCGUGAGCCUCCGCGCUCACCGGCCUGCUCAUCACUACGCCUGCGCAGCCCAUUCGCCAGCUCCCUUACUCGGCUCCAGAUUCUCCUGUUCCCACUGCGCCUGCGCGGCACGCACUUGGCGGAAACGCCGUACCGGUUUAUGUUGGAGCCGGCUUCCGAUGGGCGUAAGGCUGAGCGUUCGGAGAGGACUCUGAAAGACCGAUCAGAGUUCAAAUCAGAAGAUUUGCUGUUGCUUCUAUGGCUACCUCACAAACUUCACAAACUGUUGCAGCUCAUGUCCCCUUUGCGGAUUUAUGUUCCACAUUAGAACGAAUACAGAAAAGUAAAGAACGUGCAGAAAAGAUCAGGCACUUUAAGGAAUUUUUAGAUUCUUGGAGAAAAUUUCAUGAUGCCCUUCAUAAGAACAAGAAAGAUGUUACAGACUCUUUUUACCCAGCAAUGAGACUUAUUCUUCCUCAGUUAGAAAGAGAGAGGAUGGCUUAUGGAAUCAAAGAAACCAUGCUUGCUAAGCUUUACAUUGAAUUGCUGAAUUUACCAAGAGAAGGCAAGGAUGCCCUGAAGCUCCUGAAUUAUCGAACACCUAGUGGAGCUCGCACGGAUGCUGGGGACUUUGCAGUGAUCGCAUACUUCGUUUUGAAGCCAAGGUGCUUACAGAAAGGAAGCUUAACUAUACAGCAGGUAAAUGAACUCUUAGACUUAGUCGCCAGCAAUAAUUCUGGCAAAAGAAAAGACCUAGUGAAAAAGAGCCUCCUUCAGUUAAUAACCCAGAGUUCAGCCCUUGAGCAAAAAUGGCUGAUUCGUAUGAUUAUUAAGGACUUGAAGCUUGGUGUCAGUCAACAAACUAUACUUAACAUUUUUCAUAAUGAUGCAGUUGAGUUGCACAACGUCACCACAGACCUGGAAAAGGUCUGUAGGCAGCUACACGACCCCGCUGUAGGGCUCAGUGAUAUCUCUAUCACUCUGUUUUCUGCCUUUAAGCCAAUGCUCGCUGCUGUAGCAGAUGUGGAACGCGUGGAGAAGGACAUGAAGCAGCAGAGUUUCUACAUCGAAACCAAGCUGGACGGGGAACGCAUGCAGAUGCACAAAGAUGGGUCGGUGUAUCAGUACUUCUCCAGAAAUGGCUAUAACUACACUGAUCAGUUUGGUGCAUCUCCACAGGAAGGCACUCUCACCCCAUUCAUUCAUGAUGCGUUCCGGACAGACGUGCAAGUAUGCAUCCUCGAUGGUGAGAUGAUGGCCUACAACCCGACCACACAGACUUUCAUGCAAAAGGGGGUCAAAUUUGAUAUCAAAAGGAUGGUGGAAGAUUCCGACCUACAGACAUGUUACUGUGUUUUUGAUGUGUUGAUGGUUAAUAAUAAGAAGCUAGGGCGUGAGACUCUGAGAAAGAGGUAUGAUAUCCUUAAUAGUACUUUUACACCCAUCCAAGGUCGAAUAGAAAUAGUACAGAAAAAGCUAGCUCAGACGAAGAACGAAGUAGUAGAUGCAUUAAACGAAGCCAUAGAUAAGAGAGAAGAGGGCAUCAUGAUCAAACACCCUCUGUCCAUCUACAAGCCAGACAAAAGAGGUGAAGGGUGGCUAAAAAUUAAACCAGAGUAUGUCAGUGGAUUAAUGGAUGAAUUAGACCUCCUAAUUGUGGGGGGCUACUGGGGGAAAGGUUCACGAGGUGGCAUGAUGUCUCACUUUUUGUGUGCAGUGGCAGAGAAGCCCCCUCAUGGUGAGAAGCCAUCUGUAUUCCAUACUCUGUGUCGUGUUGGGUCGGGAUACACCAUGAAAGAACUCUAUGAUCUUGGCUUGAAAUUGGCCAAAUACUGGAAGCCCUUUCAUAAGAAAUCCCCACCGAGUAGUAUUUUAUGUGGAACAGAGAAGCCGGAAGUCUACAUUGAGCCCUGUAACUCUGUUAUUGUUCAGAUUAAGGCAGCAGAGAUUGUCCCCAGUGACAUGUACAAGACCGGCACCACCUUGCGCUUCCCACGUAUCGAGAAGAUCAGAGAUGACAAAGAGUGGCAUGAAUGCAUGACUCUGGGUGACUUAGAAGAGCUGAGGGGGAAAGCAUCUGGGAAACUUGCCACAAAACACCUUCACGUAGGUGACGAUGAUGAACCUAGAGAAAAGAGGCGGAAACCUGUCUCCAAAAUGAAGAAAACCAUUGGAAUUAUUGAACACUUGAAAGCGCCUAACCUUUCUAACAUAAGCAAAGUUUCCAAUGUAUUUGAAGAUGUUGAGUUUUGUGUUAUGAGUGGGUUGGAUGGUUAUCCCAAGUCUGACCUGGAGAACAGAAUUGCAGAAUUUGGUGGUUAUAUAGUGCAGAAUCCAGGCCCAGACACAUACUGUGUGAUUGCAGGCUGUGAGAACAUAAGAGUGAAAAACAUUAUCUCUUCAGAUCAACAUGAUGUUGUCAAGCCUGAGUGGCUUUUAGAGUGUUUUAAAACAAAAACGUGUGUGCCAUGGCAACCCCGCUUUAUGAUUCACAUGUGCCCAUCAACAAAGCAGCAUUUUGCCCGUGAAUAUGAUUGCUAUGGCGAUAGCUAUUUUGUUGAUACAGAUUUGGAUCAACUGAAAGAAGUGUUUUUAGGAAUUAAGAAAGCAGGUGAGCAUCAGACUCCGGAAGAGAUGGCCCCUGUGAUUGCUGACCUAGAAUAUCGUUAUUCUUGGGACCACUCUCCUCUCUGUAUGUUUCGACACUGCACUGUUUAUCUGGACCUGUAUGCUGUUAUUAAUGACUCGAGUUCCAAAAUCAAAGCAACGAGGUUAGAUGUGACAGCACUUGAGCUGCGGUUUCAUGGAGCCAAGGUAGUGUCCCACUUAUCUGAGGGGGUAUCUCAUGUAAUCAUCGGGGAAAAUCAGAGCCGAGUUUCGGACUUCAAAGUUUUCAGAAGAACUCUUAAGAAGAAGUUUAAGAUCCUUCAAGAACGUUGGGUGACUGAUUCAGUAGACAAGGGUGAACUACAGGAGGAAAACCAGUAUUUGCUUUAGAGCUAGCUAUGUAGGCAAAGCAUUGGCUGUAUCAGAACAACAGCAGGCUAUCCAUCAUGAUGAAAUGGCCAGUACAUUCAUUUUAUCUCUUCAGUACUUCAAAAGCAUUAGUUACCCAAAGACAAUAAUUUUCAGGUAGAAAAGAAAUGGAAUGGGCCAAAGCUAAAACAAUAUGUUUCCUAACAUGACUUAUAACCAUGACAUACAAUGACAGUUCCCAGAGGUGCUUGUGUGGUUGGUACCCAUGUGGAAGCUAGAAUUUUAAUUCGGAUUUUAGUAAAGUGUAUUCAGAAGCUUUUGCAAUCAUCCAACAGAAUUUUCCAAAGUUAAAAUUUGUAAUUGUUUUAGCUAAUAAAAGAAUUAUUCAAAAAACUCAGAAUUGUUAUGGUCAGACUUAUAAAAAUAAGUCUUUUGCCAGGCGUUGGUGGCACACACCUUUAAUCCCAGCAAUCAGGAGGCAGAGGCAGGUGGAUCUCUGAGUUAGAGGCCAGCCUGGUCUCCUGAGUGAGUGCCAAGAUAGGCUCCAAAGCUACACAGUGAAACCCUGUCUCAAAAAACAGAAAAAAAAAAGUCUCUUUUAUUUGUGGGCUCAAAUGCCUCCUUUAAACAUGAAGUAUUUUUAAUAAACAGUUUUGUAAGGUUACAGCCAAAUGAAUUAAUAAGUAGAUUUUUUGAUAAUGUGGGAGAAGUUAAAAAAAGUAUCAUCUAUACGCUGGACACUUUAGAUGUUAAUUGAUUUGAUUUAAAAAAGAGCCCUUGCAAUUUUAAGUUAUCUAGAUUUAACUUUUCUGAAGGUAGGACCUGUUUCAUAGAGAAAUGUUUUUCAUGAGUUUGCACUCCAGUAUUAACAGAGCUCACAAACCUUGUCUCCUCUCGAUGUUCCUCCGAGGAGCUGCCCAUACAGUGAGCAAGUUGUGACUUCAUUAGAGACAGACCAGAUGCUUUGACUUUUGGAGCUGGCCUUUAUAAUUAGGUUGAAGUCACAGUUGUGUGUAUUGUAUCUGUGUUCAGAAAUGUACUUCCAUGGCAGCACUGAAAUGGAGAGAGUGUGGGACCUAAGGUAAUGGUAUAAAUUAUUUGAAGUAAUUAUACUUGUUUUUGAAGCAAUUGAAUAAAUGUUUGUGAUUAUUAUUUAAAUAAAAUUAUUAAAUAUUUAAUGUAA